AAGAGAGAAAUAUGAGGGCCCAACUCUCUGUGUUGCUAUGGGCAACAGAGACCAAGGAUGCUCAGGGAAUGAGAGAUGGGCAGCAUCCCAGGAAAGAAAAAGUGCGGAUCCAAAAACUAAACAGGAGCGACAGCAGCCACAUAUCAGGACCCAAACUACGGUGAGACGGGCAGAAAAGGACGACCAAAGCAGCAUUGGCAUCAUUAGCAUUAGAGUAAUUAGCAUUAGCUUCAUUAGUGUCUUCAGUAUCAUCGGCCUCAUCUCUAAGGCAAGAUGCUGAAACAGCAGCAGGAGGGUGACGGCAUGGACGGAACAUCGGCUGGACCCUCUUCUUCUACAGCCCCACCCCCUUCCUUGACAGCCUCGCCCCCUUCUCCACCUUCAUUCACCUCCUCAUCCUCGCCCCCUAAGCGGCGGUCCAUCUCCAUGGGGGAUUUCCAGCGUCUACCUGCGGCCCAGCCCGGUUCAGAGCCCCCCUCCGGACCAUCCACAGCUCCCUCCUCCAAGCUGGUGACCCCCAGCUCCAGCAUGGAGUUUGAGGCAGCUCGGCGGCGCCUCCUGGAGGUGGAGGAGCGUCGGCUGGUGAUCCGGGAGAUGGAGCAGCGGCUGGAGGAGCUUCGGGAAAUGUUUGUGCGCUCUGAGCGCCAGGCGACCGAGCACGGCGAGCUGCUGAGCCGCAUCACGGCCUCCGUCCAGCAGGGGGAGCUCCGUGUGUCGGAAAACGGACAGAGGCUGAAGAAGGGGCUGCGCUUCAAACGACACCGGCCCGCCAUCGUCUUCACGUCCAUGCUGGGGCUCAGGACCUGCCUGCCGUGGCCCGUCAAACUCAAAUAGCGGUGAACGAAAAGGACGGAGCGAUACGUAACGUUUCAUUACGCUGGUGUCGUAAGAAACAUCGUAUCUCUUCACAGAAGAAGCUUAAUAUAAGUUAAUGUCAAACAUUUUGCUUUUUGAAAUUUCUAAAUCGCUAAAAAUGGAGUUAUCUGACCAUUUUAAU